AUGUUGCCUUGCAGGAAGUGGUUCCUGAAGGCUUUGGGAGUGCAGCAGUUCCACAAGCUACUCGAUGGCUUCGAGGACAAGUCGGCGCAGGCUGUGUGUACUUUUGCGUACUGUGAAGGACCGGGACAUGAGCCAAUUGUGUUCCAGGGUCGGACGAACGUAGGUCGCCGCACGGGAGUUGAUGGUUGCUGGGAUGCUUGCUUCGAGUAUGAAGGCCAGACGUAUGCGGAGAUGCCGAAAAUCGAGAAGAACAAGAUUUCGCAUCGUGGGAAGGCGUUGGAGAAAUUGACCGAGUGGUUGAAGCAGGAGGUGUAG